AUGGAACAAGCGUAUGUACGCUCGCCCCCAGAGGUGCUAAGUUACUUCCAUGUGAGCGAGACAGCCGGUCUGUCGUCUGCUCAAGUUGCGCAGUCAAGAACAAAAUAUGGGAGCAACUCACUUCCUGAAGAUCCGCCUACGCCCCUGUGGCAGCUGGUGCUUGAACAGUUCAAGGAUCAACUGGUUCUGAUAUUGCUGGGUUCGGCUGCCAUAUCUUUCGUCCUGGCCCUGUUCGAAGAGUCGGAUGAUUGGACUGCGUUCGUGGAUCCGGUAGUGAUUCUGACAAUCCUCAUCCUCAAUGCGAUCGUCGGUGUCACCCAAGAGAGCAGCGCCGAGAAGGCCAUCGCAGCCUUGCAGGAAUACUCCGCAAACGAGGCCAAGGUCGUUCGAGAUGGACGGGUCCAGAAAAUCAAGGCAGACGAGCUGGUACCGGGAGACAUUGUCACAAUCGCUAUUGGAGACCGUGUGCCGGCAGACUGCCGGCUGCUGUCUAUCCAGAGCAAUAGCUUCUCCGUGGACCAGGCCAUCCUCACAGGCGAGAGCGAGAGCGUGAGCAAAGAAUGCAAGGCGAUCAAGGAUGCUCAAGCCGUCAAGCAAGAUCAGAUCAACAUGAUUUUCUCGGGAACGACAGUCGUGGCUGGACAUGCUACUGCUAUCGUGGUUCUUACAGGCGGUUCCACAGCCAUUGGCGACAUCCAUGAGAGCAUUACCUCGCAAAUCUCGGAACCAACACCCCUUAAAGAGAAGCUGAACGAUUUCGGCGACACACUUGCAAAGGUCAUUACGGUCAUCUGCAUCCUGGUCUGGCUGAUCAACAUUCAACAUUUCAACGACCCGUCGCACGGUGGAAGCUGGGCAAAGGGCGCAAUCUAUUACCUGAAAAUCGCCGUCUCGCUAGGUGUUGCGGCGAUCCCAGAAGGUCUCGCCGUCGUCAUUACCACUUGCCUUGCGCUUGGGACCCGUAAAAUGGCAGCGAAGAAUGCUAUCGUCCGGAGUCUACCCUCCGUGGAGACCUUGGGUAGCUGCAGUGUGAUCUGCUCCGACAAGACCGGCACGCUCACAACCAAUCAGAUGAGCGUGGAGAAAAUCGUGUAUCUCAACGAGGCCGGUACCGAUCUGGACGAGAUUGAGGUGAAGGGGACCACGUUUGCUCCUUCGGGAGAUCUGAUCCAGAACGGCAAAGCCCUUAGGGAUGCAGCUGCAAAAUCCGCAACGCUCAGACAGAUGUCGGAAGUGCUGGCACUGUGCAAUGAGUCUCAUCUGUCAUAUGACGCCAAGUCGAACAACUACACAAUCGUUGGCGAACCGACCGAAGGGGCUCUCCGUGUGCUGGUGGAAAAGAUCGGCACCGACGAUGUUGCGGUGAACCAAACUCGAAAUGGUCUGUCGGGCGGUGAGAAAGUCCACUUUGUCAGCAAGUACUACGAAGACCGGCUGCCCCUGCAGGCCAUGUAUGAGUUUUCGCGAGACCGGAAGAGCAUGUCAGUCUUGGCUGGAGCUGGUCAAAGCCAGAAGUUGCUCGUCAAAGGAGCUCCGGAAUCCAUCAUUGAGCGCUGUUCGCAUGUGGUUCUCGGUUCAAGCGGAAAGAAAGUACCCAUCACCAAGCAACAUCUCGGCCUGAUCGGUGAAGAAGUCGUCGAUUAUGGCCGCCACGGUCUGCGGGUUCUCGCUCUCGCAAGCGUGGAGAACGUCGGCGGUAACACGUUGCUCGAAAACGCCAAGAGCAGUAAGGAAUAUCUCCAACUGGAACAGAAGAUGACCCUGAUUGGACUCGUCGGCAUGCUGGAUCCGCCUCGCCCUGAAGUCGCCGACUCUAUCAGAAAAUGCAGAGAAGCAGGAAUCCGAGUGAUUGUGAUCACGGGUGACAACCAGAACACCGCCGAGACCAUCUGCAAACAGAUUGGCGUCUUCGCCCCGGACGAAGACCUCACAGGAAAGAGCUACACCGGCCGCCAAUUCGACUCCCUAUCCGAGAGCGAGAAGCUGGAAGCGGCCAAAACUGCUUCGCUCUUCUCCCGCGUCGAACCCAGCCACAAAUCGAAACUCGUCGACUUGCUUCAAGAGGCCGGUGAAGUUGUGGCCAUGACGGGCGAUGGUGUCAAUGACGCUCCGGCGCUGAAGAAGUCCGACAUUGGCGUCGCCAUGGGCUCAGGCACAGAUGUCGCAAAGUUGGCUGCCGAUAUGGUGCUGGCAGACGACAACUUCGCAACCAUCGAGCUAGCCAUCGAAGAAGGACGAACGAUCUACAGCAACACCCAACAAUUCAUCCGGUACCUCAUCUCGUCCAACAUUGGUGAAGUCGUCUCCAUCUUUCUCACGGCCGCUCUGGGCCUGCCCGAAGCAUUGAUCCCCGUCCAGCUCCUCUGGGUGAAUCUCGUCACAGAUGGACUUCCGGCAACAGCGCUGUCAUUCAACCCGCCCGACCACGACGUCAUGCGCCGUACUCCAAGAAAGCGCGAUGAGCCGCUUGUCUCGGGGUGGCUAUUCUUCCGAUACAUGGUGGUCGGCACGUACGUAGGAGCGGCGACGGUAUUUGGAUAUGCAUGGUACGUCAUGCUCUACUCUCGAGGACCACAGCUCAGCUUCUCGCAACUACGCAACUUCCACAAAUGCUCGCCUGUCAACCCCCUAUUCGACGGCGUUGAUUGCUCGAUCUUCUCGGCCUCUGCCGUCCCGACCCGGACGGCAUCGACUGUUUCGCUUUCGAUCCUGGUCGUGAUAGAAAUGUUCAACGCGAUGAAUGCGCUUUCGUCGUCCGAGUCGCUCCUGCAACUGCCGCUGUGGAAGAACAUGAAACUCAUCUACGCCAUCUGCCUGUCUAUGGUCCUCCACUUCGCCAUCUUGUACAUCCCGAUCCUGAGAAGCAUGUUCUCCAUUGAAGCGCUGGGCUGGGACGAGUGGUACGCGGUGCUCUGGAUCUCGGCGCCCGUCAUUCUGAUCGACGAGGCGUUGAAGGCCGCGGAGAGGGCGCUUUUCGUCAACUCCAAGAGCGAGAGGAAGCGGCGAGCCAGUAUCUCUCACUCGCUGAGCAGGACGAGCACUCUAGAGGGGAACGGCAUUGUGGCGAACGGGAAAGUGAAGGCCAGUUAA